GUAUUGUGCCUUGCGGUUUUGUGUGUGUACAAAUGACACCCACUAGCCAACCGUCCCCAAAGGUAUCUUCACGUCUCCGAUGGGAAUGGGGGAUGUAUAACCAUCUGCAAGGUUACAACAGGGAAUGGGGGGUGCAGAACUAUCUGCGAGGUUAGAACAGGGAAUGGGGGGUGUAAAACCAUCUGCGAGGUUAGAACAGGGAAUGGGGGGUGCAGAACCAUCUGCGAGGUUAAAAGAAAGAAUGGGGGGUGCAGAACCAUCUGCAAGGUCAGACGACAUGAUGAGGGAGAAGACAAAGAAGCAGAAGUGCGGCGCGUCGAAAGGCAAGGGCAAUGCACCAGCUGUGGGGAAUACAAAGGUCCCAACCAAGCGAAAAGUCGGGGUUGCAAAGCGGCGACGAUGUCCUGGGCAGGCUACAUUGGCAGAAAUCCGCCACUUGCAGCGCUCUGUUAAUCUUUGCUCGCCUUUCACGCCAUUCUUGAGGCUUGUACGGGAGAUCGUCAACAAAGAUGUGGCACCUGGAAGUGGAAUCAGGUUCGAGUUGGUUGGAAUGCGUGCACUCCUUGAGGUUGCUGAAGCAUACCUCGUGCAUCUCAUGGAGAAUACAAAUGAGCUCGCGAUCCACGCGAAGAGGGUGACAAUAAACGUGAAGAACAUGAGGCUCGCUGAUGCACUAUGGAAACCACGGUGGACCGUGUUUUUGAAAGGCGUCCAAGAUGAGAAAAGGGCAGAAGAAGAGAGGGCGAGGAAGAGAGAAGAAAGGGCAGAAGAAGAGAGCAAAGGAAAUGCGAGCAAAAGAACACAUAACAAACAGAGAAGAACAAGCAGCAUGUUUUUGUCGCCAGAAGAGGUGCAGUCAGCUCUCUCUCAGGUGAUGAAAUAUGCAACGAGGGGUGUUCACUAUGAUAGCAACAUGGAGCUAGAGAUGUUGAAGGAAAGAGUGUCUGUGUACUUCAAUGUCAAGUUGGACAUCCAUAGGACGAUUGCAGCAAAUGGAGACAAGGCAACCACAGCACUACAUCUUUUGGACCGCCUGAAGCGAACAAGAGCAGCGCAUAGUGGUAGUCAGACAGAGGAGUCAGCGUACAGCCUGAAUGGAGUCGUGGACUGGAUGUGUGAGGAUACAGACAUUGACAAGUCGAUGCAGCAGAAAGAAGGUGUUUACGGGACCAGCGAAUUCAAGAAACUAAUGAAAUUCCAGUCGAGAAGGGUGGGAAUGGUCCAAGGGGGGACGGAGGAUGACAUGAAGCUGAACGGAGCAGAAAUUAUAUCGUUAAUAAGGAUAAAAGACAUACCACAAGCAACCCCCAAAGACUUUCAUGAUCUUCCAACGAUAGUUGCAGAUGGUGUAGAGUACUUUCUACUGGACCAAAUGGUGGAUUUCAUGAAGAAAUCUUCAGAGGACAAAAGUGUCAUCCACGAGGUGUUACACGACGUAACAGAGCAAACAAUUGAAGGACACGACGUUGUGGAAUACAGUAAGGACAAUGAGGAGGACGAGUUGGUGAUGGGGACACCAUUGUGCGAAGGAACAAUAAUGGCGGCCUUGUGACAGCUUGGACAGACCGUUUCUGAAGUGGAGAGACAAAGGAAGAGGAUAAAAGUAUGGACAAUGG